AUGGAAUUGCUUGAAAAAGAAACCCGAUAUAAUGGCUACACUUCGAAUAAGAGGUCUCUUACAACAACCAUCCGCCCAUGUAACCUGGAUUUUACGGAUGCAUUUAACCCCAAUCCGGAGUACCGAUACCCCUUCAACUCCCCUCAAUCCCGCAUGUCACCCGAUAAACCUAAUGGCACCUGUCAAACAGUCACUCCAACAUCGCCCGAGGCCACCACAACACCCACUGUCGGGUCACGUCUGAAAACAUGCAUUAAUAAAUUCUUCAGCUACCGCCGAUCUCGUCAGCCUACUUCGCCCACUUCUUCUAGCCUCAAAUCCAUGUCAUUUUAG